CUCCUCUCCGACGAGCACAAUUCGACCACCAACGUUUCCACCCGACCUCAAUGGCCGGAAGCCCCCGCCGCCGCCGCCGCCGCGGAGCGCGGUCGUCGCAGCAGAGCGCCGAAUCCUCGGCGCUGGAGGAGGGCACUCUCAGCACCAGGCGCCAUGGAUUCAGAAAGAUCUUUUACUGACAUAAUUACAAGGGGAUGUAAUCCUGCUGCCUUGUCUGAAAAUGUCCCAGCUCCUAAUGAAAUGCCAGCAUGUGUUGAGGUCCCAGCAAGUGUGAAAGCAAAUCCGAAAAGAUCCAAAAAUUUCAGUAAAGAGGAGGACAAAUUGUUGGUCUCAGCAUGGCUAAAUGUGAGUUUGGAUCCAGUGCAUGGAGUUGAUCAAUCACGUUCGACUUAUUGGAAAAGAAUAUAUGAAUUUUUUCAUACCAACAAGACAUUUGAGUCUGAUCGAACUCAAAGCUCCCUAAUGAGCCGAUGGUCAGGUAUUCAACAUGAUUGCAACUCAUAUGCUGGUUGUGUUUCAAAGAUAGAGACUAGAAAUCAGAGUGGCGUAUCUAUUGCUGAUAAGGAAAAAAAUGCAUUAAGAAUAUUCAAGUCCGAGGACAAGCAUCAUCGAGAUUUCCCGUACAUCCAUUGCUGGGAAAAAUUGAAAGACCAGGCCAAAUGGAAGAAUAGGAACAAUCAGAGUGGAACGGCUGCAAGAAAAAAGCAAAAGACGACGGCGAAUUCAAGUCCUGCAGUGGCUGCACAAUUAGCUCUCACUACUAAUGGUGAAGAUAGUCAGGCUGCAAUGCCUACAGUGCAUAGACCUGCAGGGAAGAAGAAGGAGAUCGACAAAUUACGACAGCGUUCCAGCAUCGAAGCAUUGGAUUAUCUAUUGGCAAAGAAGAAAGAGGCUGAUAUAGAGAAGGAUUUGAAGAAAGAGGAGAGGUGCAAAAAAGCCUUCGCAUUGCAGGAAGAAAGGAUCAGAAUCGAUUCAGAAAGGAUCAGAAUCGAGGAAGAAAGGAUCAGACUUGAGAAAGCCAAAUUUGAGUUUGAGAGGAACCUCGAAGAAAAGAGAAUUAUCAAUGUCGAUACAAGUACCAUGUCCAAUAAACAACAGCUAUUAUAUGAAGACCUCAAGAAUGACAUACUUGCACGGCGUACUAUCAAAAAUUAGAUAGAACAUCAGUUUAUGCAGUGAUACACAUUUUAUGUUUUGUUAAAUAUUUGAAUUUCUUGCAUAGAUACAGUAUCAUGGUGUGUUGGUUCUAUACA